CUGGGGCCAGCGCCAAUCAGGUCGCUCGGUACCUGCCCCCAGCCCCGGCCACCUGGAGGGGCGAUGAGGUUCUCGGCUCCGUGCAGGGCCAGUCCUCGGAGCGCCGGGGCGGGCAGAGGAGCCUCACGUGGGCCUCCCCAGCCCCGGGCACCCGGAAGGACGCGCGCAGACCCCGUGGGAUCCGAACGCGGGAUCGUCGCUGGAGCGGAGCUGCUCACCGCGGUAACGGGUCAGGGCGCUCCCCCGCGCCAAGGUUCCCUUGAAAGAAGAAAUCGAAGGAAGGGGGCGGGGCGCGGGGGGGCCGAGGACCCCGCGGGUCGCCGGGCUCCGCGCGUGGAUGUGCCUGGCCAGCGCGUACUUUCGAGGGCGCCUCUGGACCCUGGGACUGAUGCCCUUGGCCAUGACACACCCCCAACUGCUAUCUGCUCAGGUGCAGCAGACUGAGUGACUGAGCCAUCGCUGCUCCAGCUGUUUCACAGUUUGAUGGGGCAUCGGGCGGAUGACAGCGGGAACGGUUGUGAUCACUGGCGGAAUCCUAGCUACGGUCAUCCUCCUCUGCAUCAUCGCUGUCCUGUGCUACUGUAGGCUCCAGUAUUACUGCUGCAAGAAGAGCAGAGCCGAGGAUGCAGACGAGGAGGAGGCGGAGGAGGAGGAGCACGACCUGCCCACACCCCCCAGAGGCCCCACCUGCAAUGCCUGCAGCUCCCAAGCCCUGGAUGGCCGAGGCGGCCUGGCGCCUCUCACCGGCGAGCCCUGCGGCCAGCCGUGCGGGGUGGCAGCCAGCCACUGUGCCACCUGCUCCCCAUACAGCUCCCCCUUUUACAUACGGACGGCUGACAUGGUGCCCAAUGGGGGUGGAGGCGAGAGGCUCUCCUUUGCUCCCUUGUACUACAAGGAGGGGGGCCCUCCAGCCCUCAAAUUGGCAGCACCCCAGAGUUACCCGGUGACGUGGCCAGGCCCUGGGCGCGAGGCCUUCACCAAUCCAAGGGCUAUUAGCACAGACGUGUAACCCCUUUCACCCGCAAGCCCCACACACACCAAGCUGCUGGCCCAGCAGGAGCCAUGGGGGCAGCGAUGACCCCUCUGACAGCCUGUAAGGACUGUCUCAGUUUCUUUGGCUUUUCUUGCCCCCUCAGUGGAGGGUUCACCAGGAUUCAAGCUAUUGAGUGCUUUGGGAACCAGGGCAGGGUCUGGUU